CGACGAGGGGCGAAAGUGCCACACGCCGUCCGUGUCGCCUGAAUGUCAUGUCACUUCUCUAGGUCGUUUCUAUUCGAGUUCAUUCAAUAAUUGCAUCCAGGGACGGUGUGGUGGUUGGUGGUGGUGGUGGUUCAGGGACCCCUCCUGACUGGCGGGCCCGGUCGGAGGUCAAAGGCCCCCUCGAGCCUACCGGCUGCGCUGAGGUGACGGCACCGGCACCGCCACCGCCACCGGCACACUCACGGGUCACCGGGACAGUACAGUCCCGCCGAAGCGCGGACUUUCCGGUGCGCCUCGAAGUUCGCGACCUCCCCGCAGUGCCGCGGUGUCCGGCGCACUGCAGUUUGAGUAUCCCGCCGGCGCGGCGAGCCUAGGUCCGGCGUCGUUCAUCAGCAGGCAAAGGCAAAGGUGCACCACAUCCCGGACCAAGCCCGCACUCCCCACCACGAAGCAGGUCCUGCAUCCUGGUGCGGUUCGCGCUACUCGAUUGUGCCAUCAGCAGACGUGUGUGUCCGCGGAUGCGUUGACGGCGACGAUGGUCUGCCCGGCGGGGCCCGCUGGCCGCUAUCCUCGGCCAUCGUCGCCCUCCUCCUCCUCCCCCUCCUUCUCCUCCCCCCCAUCCGCGAUCUGCGCCCGUUUAUCCCGUGCACCCCGGCUCUGCGGGCGCACAGUGCACUAUCACGCCUCGCUCCGCCCGCGUCGCCGUCGUCGGUGGCAGUCACAGCGCGGAGCUCCCGCUCAUCCAAAGGGUUCAACAACCACUGACCCGCUCGUCCAAGGGUUCGGCCAUAUACUGACCCACUGACCUGUUUGGACGAAUAUCGGACACGGACACAACCCGCUGUCAAACGACAACUGAGAAAGAAUGAUACUGGACGUGCGGGACGUGGACGAGCUGCUGGCGGGCUGUCCGGCGCGCCCCGCCGGGACGCGGUGCGUCGGGCUGGAGGUGCAGGGCGAGAGCGCGGCGGGCGAGAACUACGGCAGCACCUUCCUCAUCGUCAACGCCCUCUUCCAGGACGGCAAGGGCGUCACGACCAAGGUGCCCGCCGUGUGCAAGCGGCUGCCGCCCACCGAGUACCUGCGCUCCGUCUUCAACGUCAACGUGUCCCACCCCAAGGAGGUCAACUUCUACCGGCUGCUGGUGCCCGCGCUGGAGGCGCUACAGGCCGAGCUCCGCGUGCCCGAGGCCGAGCGCAUCCGCUGCUUCCCCCGCCUGUUCGGCGCGCGCAACGGUGGCGGCAAGGACCCCGACGUCGUGGACGACGACGCCAUCCUGGUGCUCGAGGACCUCUGCGCGGCCGGCUACCGCUCCGGUGACCGCAACACUGGGAUGGACCUGGACCACUGCAGGCUGGCGCUGCGCGAGCUCGCCCACCUCCACGCGCUGGGCAUCGUCAUGCGGCGCCUGCGCCCCGAGGUGUUCUCCGGCCGGGCCUUCCAGGCGACGUGCGCCCACUUCAUGCACGACAGGAUGGACGUGUACAAGGAGGAGACGAGCAACUUCGAGAACAACUCCGUGGAGCUGGUGCUGCAGGAGGUGCCCGAGGUGCUGACCCUGCUGGACGAGGACGCGCUGCGCAAGGGCGUCGCCACGCUCUCGAGCAGGGACACCUCGACCCGGAAGGAGCCCUUCUACACCGUGGUGCACAACGACUUCUGGGUCAACAACAUGAUGUUCGCGUACGACGACGCGAGCGGCCGGCCCGACCGCCUCAAGAUGGUCGACUUCCAGCUCACCGAGAUCGGCUCGCCGGUGCGGGACCUGCUCUUCUUCAUCUACUCCAGCGCCGACUCGGACGCGCUGGCGCGCGCCGACGACCUGGUGAGGGAGUACCACGCCGAGCUGGAGCGCUACGCCCGACUCCACGGCCUGGACGGCGACGACCUGGGCUGGAGCGCGUUCGAGCGGGAGCUCGAGGCAGAGGCGCCCGACGUGCUGGGCCAGCUCAUGCUCAUGACGAGCAUCAUCCGAGCUCAGACCAAGAUCGAGAAGACCGACACCAACUCGGACGACGCCUUCGCCAAGGGGCUCGGCGUGAGCGCGUCCGCCAAGACGCGCUACAUGGAGAUCGUCAGGGACUUCGUGAAGAAGGGCUGGGUCCGCUGAGGAGGCACCAAUCGCUGCGAUAUCGAAUCAAUGUCGAGACUGAUAUCAGAUUUGAGAAAUACGUCGAUUUCGGGACCAUGUUCAAGAUUGAUUCGACAUUGUUUUGACAUCGUUUUGAUAUCACCGUUCUUCACUAGGGAGUUGGCUUGCGGCCUUACAACUUGUUUCGGGCGAUUUGCGCCGACUCGGUCGUGGAUUCUUAUGGCCAAAAUUUCAAAUAUUGACCAGGCCGUGAAGAGGUUGUUGCUGGAAAGAAUUUGAAUUUGGCGAUCUUUGAGCGACUGUACGAAUAACCGCUUAGGAUAAAACGUAUGAAUAUCAAUUCGAUGCCCUUUGCGGAUCUGACCGCUGCAACCAAUGUUGGUAACUGUCUUUGACAAUACAUCCGACUUUUGCAUUUGUAUUUCCAUCAUGAAUUGUAAUAUUGUUAUUGUUAUAAAAAAUAAAGAAAAUUUUAAAAAAAAUUAAAA